ACCCGGUUGUAAGCCUUUUGUACGAAAUGAAAUACUAAUAGCCAGUGCAAAGAUGAGUGACAUAGAUGAGGUUUUUACCAAGCUGGGUUUCGGCAAGAUGCAGUUCAUAAUUUUGUUUUGCUGCUUUCUAAUGCAGAUUUGGAUGACCAAUGAGCAGCUGGGAUUUGGUGUGGUGAUAGCAGGGGCUAGUUGUGAAAUGGAAAUACACGACAGGCGGUUGGCCUGGUUAUUGGCUGCCAACUUCUCGGCCCAGAUGAUAUCAUGUUUUAUAUGGGGCGAGCUGGCGGAUCUGUACGGCAGACGCAGGGUCAUCGGGUUUGCAUCAAUCGUUGCGAUUAUAUUUUCCCUGAUCUCGGCCCUCAUGCCGGAGUAUUGGAGCUUCAUGGCCGUGCGUACAGUUUGUGGCUUCUUUAUUGUGGCGUCUGUUGUCAGCCUAUCGACGUACUUGAGUGAAUUCACAAAGGUCUCCUUGCGACCCAGGGUGCUGACCAUCAUGGGCUAUUCCCUCGGAGUAAGCAUGAUCUACGUGCCGUCUCUGGGCGGUGCGCUGCUGUCGAUGCGAAUGGAGCCCAGUGGCUGGCGCAUCCUGCUGCUGUGCAACCAGCUGCCCGGAAUCAUUGGAACCACUCUUCUCAUAUUCCUGCCCGAGAGUCCCAAGUACUAUCUGUCGAUUGACGACCAGGAGAAGGCCAUGAAGGUCAUGGAAAGGGUCUGCCGUAUGAACAAGGGCAAGGAUGUUACACUGAAGAGUCUGGGUGUGGAGUCGCUCACCCAGGCGCGCCUGCGUCCACCAAACGAGGAGCGCGGUCAGUGUCACGAGACCAAGGUGCUUAUGGUAAAAUAUGGCAAGGUCAUGUGGUUUUUCUUCUUCAUAUUCUUUACCCUUACGGGCCUAGGUUUUGCUCUGCCCAUCUGGAUGAUGCGAAUCCGGGUUCUUACGUCUACGUUUGGUGACAGGAAUACCAUAUGUGAACACAUGGAACACAUUAGUGCACAGCCGAGAGGCAAUAAAGACUGCCACCUGACCUAUGAGCAAAUGAAGGAUCCAUUGAUACACGGAUGCGUUGUCCUCUGCCUCUUUAUUGCCACCAGUGUGUUCCUGAUUUGGCUGAGUCGUCGAGCGGUAAUAAUAGCCUUUGUUUGCGUUUCCAUUCUCGGAUGCGUAGCCCUUAACUUCAUGGAGCAUCCCACCCUGAUACUGAUCAGUUUCUUCGCCAUAAUCGAUCCGCUCAUAUGCAGCGUCAGAUUGGCCGGUUCCUUGCUCAUUGAUUUUGUACCCACUCAUCUUAGGGGCAAGGCCUUUGCUCUUAUCACUAUGAUAGGUCGGUCCGGGGUUUUGAUAACCAGUGUGUAUGUUGGAUAUACCUUGUCGCACAGCUGCUACGUAACCUUCAAUACCUUUAUUGUAGUGCUCAUAGUCUGCGGCAUGCUUGUGUACUGGCUACCAACCCAUUUUAAACACUCAAGCUUUACAAAUUAGUAUAUUGGUAAAUAAAUUUGUAUGCGAGCAUAGUUUUUCAAAGCCCGAA